AAAGUAUACUAAAGCAAACAUGCUAGCGCAUGCGAAAGGCAACUGUAUAAAAAAAAAAAAUCAUAAAAAAAUCAUCGCCUUUAAAGCAGCGAUCAUUCGCUUAUGGACUCGAUUAUCUAGGAACUGCCCUCUGCGUUCGACAUUGAGUCCAUAUGAUUAUAAUGAAAAACUUAUAUCUAACUUGUAAUGUUUAAUUCUAUCAUAAGAUGUGGUAAGGAUAAUCUACUUAUCAGUAGAUGAUAUAAAUUUGGUCGAAAUUGAAAAAUUUAUUAUUAAUUAAUAAUAAUAAAAUUUAUAUAUCUCUUAUGUUAGUCUAUUGUGUGUUUGAAAAGAAUUUUCAGCAUAUUAUUCAUGUAGAUUGUUUUUUUUUUUUUCUUAUUGUCUUUUUCUAUGAAUAAAUAAAAUUCAAUGUGUUAUCUAAUGUGGGUUGAAUAUUUCCCUUAACUUAAUUUUUUGAAUGCCCACAUUGUAGCAUAGAUAAUUUUACUACACUUAAAAGCUUUGAUUCUCUACAAAAGGUGACUUAUACAAUUGAUAAUGAUGCUGUACAAUCUUUUUUUAACACUUAAAAGAACACAAAUAUAAUAUUUCAAAUGUUCAUUCAUAAAAAGCAGAAAAACUUACAUAUAUAACAGUUAUCAUACAUUUAAUGUAUCUUUAUAUAAAAAAAAUAAAGUGCAAAUGAAUGUAAGUAAUCUUUAUUUAAAAUCUUUAAUAAUAUGAUAUAAUUUAUUUCUUCUUUCAGUCAUUUUGUGCGUAAUAAAACUGUUACUUAUGCGUUAAAAAAAUUGUUAUUAAAUUUAAAUAGUUGUUAAUUGUUACAGUAUAAAAAAAUAUAAUUUUAUCAAUAACAUCUAUUUUCAAUUUGUCUUGAGAAAAAAAUAUUUGUCAUUUUGCCUUUAUUUUUCUUUUAUUGUUGCACGAUUUUUAUUAUUUAUAUAAAUGUCAAGAAUUUAAUUUUCAUAAUAUUAUUCAAAAAGCUGGUUUAGUUUGGAGAGAGAUAUCAUCAAGUUAUAGCAACAAUAUAGAUAGAAUACUAGUUGUUCAUCUGACAUAUCUACUUGCACCAUUCGCAGGAACGAGAAGAAAUCAAUUAGUAAUAAUCAGCGUGCGUUUAACUAUGUUACUCAAUGUUAAUUCUUAAUUCGACGAUGUUGUGCAUUGUAAUCUUAAAUUAUUUUUAGGAUAAUUAAUUUUAUAAUAAUCUAAUAUAAAAUAUAUGUGAAGUUGAAAAUUAUAUAUUAUUAUAUAAACGUAUCUUAUGAUGAUACAGUAUAUGAUAAUGUAUGAUAAUGAAACAGUAUACAAAUCUACUUAAUAAUAAUAUUCCAAAACGUAACAAGUAUUGAAAAGAGAUAGAUAUAGGAAGAUCUAAAAAAAACUCGAUAACAAUGCAAAACGUCAAUCUCCAGCUGGUGCAGUUUACUUAGUUAGGUACUGUACUGAAACGCUGAUUUGUGAACGCGUGCGGUGAACGCGUUGCCAUACGUUACCUUGGGGCGGCUUGUUGAUCUGCGAUUAUUGAAGAAACCGAUUACGACGAUUACUCGCUAUGCGUGGCUACCUGUAGAUGCGACCCAAUCGGCGAAUAAACCAACCUGCGAUAUAUGGAUAAUGCGCCACAAAUUGCGUUUGCGCUCAAAGCUGGCGUGCUUUGAAUUUGACCAAGAAGAAGAUUACAAACGGGAUGAGGAGAGACCAAUGGACAUUGAGAUGAACUCAAUAGGAACUACUAAUAACUCAGAAGCAUUCAGUGAACUCGUUUACAUGUCCAAGGAAGGAGAUUUAUAUAUGAAGAUGGAUAAUAAAGCGUGGCCGCUUAUAUAACGAGAAGUUUACUCAUCUAAUUUUACAUAAUGGAUGUACAUAAUAGUACAAAUUUAUUUAAUAUAUUUCUUCGAACACACAAGCCUCAACUUCAAUCUUAUGAUAUUCCACAAUUAUUCUGGGAAAGUCUGUGCAAUAAGUUAACGAAUCAAAUUUUUGACAGUGGUCUUGUCUUCCAAUUGGCAAAGGUGGAAUAUGAGAAUGAAGAACGACAUGCUACAGAGCCAAUUUGGAAAUUAAUUGUAUCUGCAGAAAAUGGUAUUUCUGUUCAAGAUUCGAAUAACAUUUAUCUGAUUGAUCAUGCAUGGACCUAUGAUAUUGGUAAUGCUCGACAAAAUUUAAUCCAAGUACCCAAUCUGCUUGAUCGUAUGUGCUUGUUAAUGGGCCUAGAUAUUGAAGCUGAAAAACAGGAAAAAAUUGAAAAUGUUUUGAGAGAAAUGUGGCGAUAUAAUCAGUCAUAUUCAGUAAAUUAUGGAGCAAUAGAGGACAGAAUGCCAAUAUGGUAUAUUAUGGAUGAAGUUGGAUCAGCAAUAAAUCACAGCAAUGAACCAAAUUUUAGAGCAGUGCCUUUUCUAUAUCUGCCAGAAAAUGUAAUUUAUACACUUCUGUUUCCUAUAAAAGAUGUUGAUGUAGGUGAUGAAGUUACAAGAGAUUUUGUAGAAGGUCAGACAAAAAAUCCUCAAAAGAGACGUGCAUUAUUACUGCCUUGGGUCGACAGUACCUUUGAGAAUGAAAAUUUUGAACAGAUUGAGCCAGAUGUAAAUUAUUUUUCAACAGGUCAUGUUCAUGAAAGCUUACCAGAAGUGACGGAUAAACUAAAGGCCGAUACUAGUAAAAAAUUAAAGGUUUUUUCACAUUAUGAUAAUGUUAUUAAUUAUUUGACAGAUCCAGCAUUUGAAAUUACUGAUGAUGAAGAAGAAGCGGACAUAUUAUGGCUUAUGUCUCACUACAAAACAUAUAAAGAAUUGAGUCUUUCUUCGCCUCACGUUUUUAUAAACCAAUUUCCAUAUGAAAACAUUUUGACAAUAAAGGAUCUCUUGUCGAUUGUAUGUAGAAGAAAGGCGACAGAUAAAUCGUAUGAUCCAGAUACUCUCGAAACUUAUCCAAUAUGGUUACCGACAACAUAUAACUUGAGCACAGAAUUGGUGCAGUUUGUUGCUUAUUUUACACAACGAGCAAAUAAGGAUUUGGAUAAUCAUUGGAUUUGUAAACCGUGGAAUCUGGCAAGAGGUUUGGAUACUCAUAUUACUAACAAUCUUUAUCACAUUAUGAGAUUACCUUGCACAGGACCUAAAAUCGCACAGAAAUAUAUUGCGCGACCAGUUUUAUAUAACAGGCCAGAUAUCAACCAAGUGAAAUUUGACAUAAGAUAUGUUGUAUUGCUCAAAUCAGUCAAACCACUGCGAGCGUACGCUUAUGCGAAUUUUUUCCUGCGUUUCGCAAAUCUACCGUUCGCGUUGAACAAUUUUGAUAUAUACGAGCAACAUUUCACUGUCAUGAAUUAUACUGAGGAAAAAGCGCUCUUUCAUUUAAAAUGCGGUGAUUUCAUUGUGGAAUGGGAAAAUCAGUACCCCGAUUAUCCAUGGAAAACCUACGUUGAACCAAAGAUUCUUUUCGUUUUACGACAAGUUUUUGAAGCCGCAAUCACGCAACCGCCACCAAAAGGAAUCGCUGAAAGUCCGCAAAGCAGAGCUAUGUAUGCCGCCGACUUGAUGUUGGAAUGGAGGGACUCCGAAAUGCAGCCCAAGUUGUUGGAAAUAAAUUUUACGCCCGAUUGUCAACGAGCAUGCGAAUAUUAUCCGGAUUUUUAUAAUGAUAUCUUUAAAUGUCUUUUCUUGGAUAUUGAUAAUUCAGAAAUCUUUCAUACAUUAGAUUGAUCCGAAUGUGAUAAGAUCGUUUGGUUUUAUUGAAGGAAAAAAAAAUAUAUUAAAUAUUUCUCAAUUAAAUAUAUUUAAUAUUUCUUAAUUAUUGUAUAACUGUUAUCUCUGUUUCUCUCUCUAUUGUCUUUUUAUAUUAGCUUAUAAUCAAGUAACAAUGUUAUUCAAAAUAUGUUAUUUGAUACUUUAUAUUCAUUAAUUCAAUAAGAAGAAAUAUAUCGAUGAAUGGGAUCGACAUGAACGGUAUUCGCUCUGACUCUUGCCUCAGAACAUAUUCGGAUUUUAAAGUGACUCGAACUCAUUUAGACACGAUGGUGUGUCUUAACAAUAGUAUGCGGCGAAAAAUGAUAAGCAAAUACAUUACAACAAUUAACUUAUUAAUUGUUAUAAUAUUUAAUAUUUUGUAAUAUAAAUUUAGACUAAAAUAUCUUCUGUAUAUUUUCUUUC